CGGCGUGAGAAGCCAUAGGGAGAGAGAUGUCGAAGAGAGGGCGCGGAGGAUCGGCGGGUAACAAGUUCCGCAUGUCACUGGGUCUGCCAGUGGCGGCGACGGUGAACUGCGCCGACAACACGGGAGCGAAGAACCUCUACAUCAUCUCGGUGAAAGGGAUCAAAGGUCGUUUGAAUCGUCUUCCUUCGGCAUGCGUUGGCGACAUGGUCAUGGCCACCGUGAAGAAGGGGAAGCCCGAUCUCAGGAAGAAGGUGUUGCCAGCUGUCAUCGUUCGCCAGCGCAAGCCCUGGCGCCGAAAGGAUGGCGUUUACAUGUACUUUGAAGAUAAUGCCGGUGUUAUUGUCAAUCCCAAGGGAGAAAUGAAAGGUUCUGCUAUCACCGGUCCUAUAGGAAAGGAGUGCGCUGAUUUGUGGCCAAGGAUUGCUAGUGCAGCCAAUGCUAUCGUUUGAGUGGGAAUUCUUAUUAAGUGAACUGUUUUUUUUGUCCGUGUAGAACUUAAAUUUGCCUCAGAUUUUGUUUUAGGUUGAAAUUGGAUUUUAAGUGAUACAGUUUUUUUUAUUAUAUCGUAUCUUUUCAGCAAGAAACCUUUGGAAGAGACGAGAUUAAUUAGUAGUUGAGAAUUUUGUUAUUGUUUCUUGGCUCA